AUGGUCGCUCGUCCAACAGCAAGAUGCAGCAUCUGCUUUCUUUGGUUUUGCCUGCACAUCCAUGCCACGAAGGACAACUGGCAGCCUGCCUCUCGAGGGCGGUUCCCAUCCAUGGUGUCUGUCAAGGGUAGAGGCCGAUCGCAUGUCUGCUCCGGCGUGCUGAUCGGAAGCCGCUUCAUCAUCACGACGGCCAAUUGUGUGGAUGUUGUUGGACCAAAUCCCAUCGUGGCGGUGGGCGCGCGGGACAUCGACGAUGACAGGUGGGACGACGGCGUCGAGGAACUCAGAGUGGAGAGGGCGCACCGGCACCCUAACUGGACUGGAAGCAUUUAUGACGGCUACGACGUGGCACUGCUCCAACUGCCGCGGGAAAUCAUUGCGCCGAUGCCUCGAAUGGCCAACGAAAGCACCGCCCCGCACCCAAACACGAAGGUCCACAGCCUGGUCUUUGAGCAAAGCCUCGAGGCGGGGCUCUUCGUCGUGGUCAAUCCAGAGCUGUGCCCGAAUAUGGGGACCUUGAGCCCAGACAUGUUCUGCAUUUACUCAUCCACGUCAGGGAUGCAGCCAGGUUCUUCGGGGGGGCCAGUCCUGAUCCUCAAUGGCGCGUUGAAUUCGAACAGCGACGGCUUGGUAGACGAAAGCCAACAGCCCAGUAAAGACCUCCUUUUGGGCGUGGUCAGCUGCUCCAAUUUCUCGUCGCUUGAAGAGAGUGGAAUUGGAUGCACUGCGGUCAGCGCCUUCCGUCCCUGGAUCAAUUCCAUAGUAUCUCCACAGGUGGAUGCCAUUGACGACCCAACAAACAUUGCGGGGGUUGUGGUUUUCAUCUUUUUUCUAAUGGCUGCUGCAUUCUUUGGACCACAGGAAGCCGCUUUUCCUUUUCAGACUGAGAUGCAUCUCGUUAAGAGAAACAGAGAUCAAGUCACAGAUCACAGUGAAAACUGUGCAUUUGAAACGACAGCGCAUGCUGUCGUUUUCUUUUGUAUAUAUGCAAUUAUCCUCUGCAGUUGUAUAGCUGUGAUUUGGAGCCAUUUUGGGGAGGUUCGUGCUUCGGAUGAAUUAUUUAUUAGAAUAAUGGACGCCGCAAGCCCCUUGUACAGGCGCGCAGUGUCCUUGCUUCCACCGUAUCUUCAAGUUGUGCAUCUAACUUCGACGGGAGGCAAUGGACACGAACAAAAUUUUGACAUGGGUGGAAUCGUCGCCAUCGUGGCAGCCGGGGUCAUUUCAUCUUAUUUAGUCCUAAAUUUCAUCAGCAAAGCAAUGGGCAUGAGGGGAAAGGCUGCCAGCAUGGACCAGUUGCGCCAAAUUGGCAAUGUCCCAAAUGUAUGCAAACAUUACGUCCACCGAGGCAAGGCCGAAGACGACAUACAAGAGUGGUUGACAGACCAACCAGCAGACGACAGUCAUCCAAGGGUGGCCAUUGUAGGCAUGGCAGGGAUUGGAAAGACAGCGCUGGGCACAUCAGUCAUCAAUAGCAUCAAAGCCUUGGCUCAUUUCUGGAGCGGUAUCUUCUGGUUGCAAUCCGGGGCACCUGGUCCGGAUGCAGUUCUCGCCAUCAUUCGGGAGAUUCACAGACGAAUGACAGAAAUGUUUGUUGAUGGACCCUUCGUGGCAGACAGGGAGCAGGCCGGGUUGGGAGUUGAUGACCUCGUCACAAGAAUCAACAACAAGCUGCGAAGAAGAUCGUGCCUCUUGGUUCUUGACGGGGUGCUGGAUCCGAAGAUGCUGGAAAGUGUAUUGAAACUCAGAUGUGCUCUGCUCGUUACUUCCCAGGUGAAGGGCAUUUUUGACAACCACGUGCAAUUCAAGCGCGUUGAAGUUUUACCUCUUGAUUUUGUCAGCUCGCGAAAGCUGUUUCUGAACCUGGUGCCAGCCGCUGUCCAGCUCAAGGGAGUGGAGGAGCUACUGCAGUCAUGUGGAGGACACCCCCUUGCGCUGUCCAUCAUGGGAACACUGUUCCAGGAUGCAAUGAGGGCAGAAGGGGCAGCCAGUGCGGCUGCUAUUGAUGAUCUGAUGGCAGAACUUCGGGAUCCGUACUGCAGGUUGCAGAUGCGCAUCAAAUCCGAUGUCGUCUUGCACAGCGCUGACGUGGAGAGGCACUCAAAUGUCAGCAGAUGCUUCGAUUUCGCACUGGACGCCCUGAGUUGGAACGAAAGGAAGGUCUACAUGUCACUGGAAGCGCUGCCAAUUGGGUUCCAGUCCACAAUUGGUGAGUUGGGCACUGUGUGGAACUUGCAGGAUGACCAGGCACUGCAAAUGGCAGAAAAGCUUGAGCGCCAUUUCCUCAUUCAACGGGAGGUGUGCAGCGAGGGAUCUAAGACUGUCCCAACACUGUGGGUCUUGCACUCACUUCAACACGACUACCUCAAAAUGCUGAGGGUUUCAGCACCGCAAAAUGUGCCACAGCAAUAA